AUGGGACGUCGGUUUGACGAUGCCAUUCAUAAAUACUUUUAUAUUAUUGGAUUAUAUGUACAUAAGUUUCGUUUUGAACUUCUUGUAACGUCAUUAGCUUUCACAGCCUUCGCAGGCUAUGGAUUUGUUUGGUUAGAACAAUUGACCACCAAAGACCCGCAGUUUGUAUUUUCACCGAAGAAUGCUCCCUGGAGGUAUGAGCGGGCGAUCUUGGCCGAACACUGGCCGUUAGAUGAAACCAAGUUUUGGCCUGGGAAAAGUUAUGAUUUGAAUGGAUAUGUUGAUAUCAUAGUUGCUGGCAAAAAACACCCUCAGUAUGGCCGACCUAACAUCCUCAAUAUACGUUAUGUGGACGAGAUUGCCCGGAUCAACAAGUUUAUUGUGCAUAAUCUGACUGUACCAGUUGAUAUAGAGGGAAAGCAUUAUGAAGUCGCUUACACAGACUUGUGCAUGACGUAUGACUGGGCUUGCUACUUGAAUGAUCAUUUGACAAUGCUUAUGCCGAAGUCGAGAUGGGGAAAUUUCAGCGGACCUAUCGCAGAGUUUGCUAGUGAUAUCAUUAAUACAGAGAUCAAUAUAACAUAUCCGAUUGGAUGGAGAGGCUCUGAACCCAUAUACUUCGGAGCCUUGGUUGGUGUUCCCAAUUUAGUUGAUGACGAUGGCCAUUUUGAUUACGCAACUGCUGUACGGUUAACGUAUAACACGAGAGAUGAGAAGGUUGGAAACAUAAGCUAUAUUUGGAGAAAACAAUUAGCCAGAUGGUUGACAGACAAGGAUCAUCCAGUAUCAGAUAUUCUUGAAUUCGGAAUUAAUCAUAAUGAAUCCUUACCCGAAGGACUUCAGGAUGUUGCAGAUACCUUAACGCCUAAGUUCGUCGGUACCUGUUCUAUUCUUUUUACUUUCUGUUUCGCUGUUUGCAUUGUCUUAAUAAAUCAUGGAAAUGGGUUAAUCGGGAUAGACUGGGUUCGAAGCAAGCCCCUCGUAGCUUUGGCUGGAAUUCUCUGUCCUCUUUUAGCUAUAGUAACAUCUUUCGGAUUACUAUUAUGGUGUGGAGAACUAUACAACGCGAUAGUAAAUGUUUCGCCAUUUCUCGUUCUUUGUAUCGGCAUUGAUGAUCUCUUCGUCAUGUCGGCAGAAUGGCACCGAACUGACCAGUCGCAUUCGGCAUCCGAACGAGUUGCUCAUACUCUAAGUGAAGCAGCCGUAGCCAUCACGAUUACAUCAAUCACUGAUAUAAUGACAUUUGGAAUAGGAACCUUUACUACAUUACCAGGGGUACGGAUGUUCUGCUUGUACACGUCAGUUCAAGUUGUCUUCACAUACAUUUAUCAAUUAACUUUCUUUUCCCCAAUACUAUCUUAUGCUGCGACCUUGGAAGAAGAAGGCAUUCAUUCCAUGACUUACAGGAAAGCAAUAUCAUCUGAAUCCACUAACUCCAAAUGGAAAUUGUUCUUCCUAGGAGGAAAGCAUGUAGUUGAAAAGGAGAAGAAGAGUUUAGAAGACAUUAAUUCUAAUAAUAAUAAUAACAAUGACAAAUCUAAAAUGAGCACGGACGUCGAACAUAAUAAGCUUGCCGGAUUCUUUAAGAAGCUGGAAGAUAAAUUAGAAAAGGAUCAAUCGGGAGAUGAUUCGCCGAAGACUUUGGUGAAUAAGUUGUUCAGAAAUAUCAUUGGGCCAUUUGUUCUCGAGAGAAGUACUCAGAUAUGCGCUUUGCUUCUCUACUUGUUGUACAUCGGAUUAGCCAUAUUUGGUUGUCUCAAUAUGCAAGAAGGAUUGGAUCCUAAAUUUCUAGUUCGUGAAAGUUUCUAUCUGAGCAACUUCUAUUCGCUCAUCAAAGAAACUUUCUGGUUAGAAGGACUUCAAAUGCAAGUAGUAGUGAACAAUCCUCCAGAUUUGUUUGAUCCUGUGAAAAGAGCGCAAUUUCAAUCUAUGUUAGAUGAUUUCGAAGACACGGAUUAUACUAUGGCCGAAAAUGCUACAAUGAUUUGGUUAAAAGCAUAUGAAUAUCAUUUGGACAAAGAAUUGAGAGAAUUGAACAUUCAAAAGCCAAAUUCAUCAAGUGAGUGGUAUGAAAGAUGUAGGGACUGGCUUCUAAUUGCUGGUGGUCGAAGACUAUGGGAAAUGGAUAUGGUUUGGGGAAAAACACAAGAAGAGUUCUAUGACCUCAAAGCGUUCCGAUUCCAAUUAGGAUUGAGAAACUAUGCUAACCCCACAGAUCACACGAACAGUUGUAAAUUAAUGAGGGAGAUUGCAUCCAGAUACGCUCACUUCAAUGUGACAACCUUCCACGAGUAUUAUCCGUUUGCUGAUCAGUACCUUGAACUCAAGCCAUCACUUGUCCAAAACUUCGUUUUAGGCUUAGGCUCUAUGUUUUUAGUAACGGUUGUCAUGAUUCCUGACUUCAGAGCUGCAUGUUCCGUAGUUCUUGCUAUAGCUAGUAUCAACAUAGGAGUACUGGGUUAUAUGACCUUUUGGGGAGUCAACUUGGAUAGUGUAUCAAUGAUCACCGUGAUCAUGUGUAUAGGCUUCGCAGUAGAUUUAUCAGCACAUAUCGCUUAUGCAUUUUCGCAAGCCUACGGUAAUUCACACGAACGAGCAGUAGAAGCUCUUGAAACUUUGGGCUGGCCAGUGUUCCUGGGUGCUUCGUCAACUCUUCUCGGAAUUCUCGUUUUAACAUUGGUUGACUCAUACAUAGUCCUAAUUUUCUUCAAAACUGUCUUCCUGGUGAUUUCAUUUUCUAUGCUUCAUGGACUUCUGUUUCUCCCCAUUUUUUUGAUGAUCGCUAUUCCCAAAUCAAGGCUCAGAAGCCCUAAGAAGGAUCAUCAGAUGAAGGUCGUCUUCACUUGCAGUUCGUUGGAUGAGAAUCCGUUAUCCGAGAAAAAAGUGAUAGAUUUCCCUCGGGAAGAGGAAGUGCAAAACGCCGAUACGGAAGUGAAGGAAACAGUUCGACACAUGAUAGACACAGUCAGUGCAGAAACUAAUUAA